GGGGUCAAACGCGCACGCGCCCGGCUAAAAAACACGAAUUAGAUACUGCCCGGGGCUCGGAUCGUGCGCCGGCUCCUUGCAGGCCUCAUGCAGCGGAAGGUGAUAGUGAUACGUCACCCGGGCCAGCCAGCCAGCGGGCGUGCGUGCAGGUGCUUGUCCCAGCGGGCGCCGCGAUAGGUGUACUUAAACCCAAACAUCGAGGUCGUGCGCUGGGUGUAGGUACGCCCAAGAGGAUUGGCCGUCGCUUUGGAGCUGCGUUAUUGUUCCGCCCCCACCCCGCCCCUACUCCCGCCCUGCCUUUGCCAUUACAUGUGCACCCUGCUCUCUAGUGCGUGAUCCACGCCGACGGCAUGACGAACGACGCACGACUCAUGGCCAUGCCCUCGCCUACGGCACCCACGAAAAAUGUCUACCCUCUCAUCGUCGCACAGUACGCCAUCAAGGGUCACCGCCGGCGCACGGAGCACUGGGCACUCGUGCUGCUCUACUCGCGCCUCCACGGGCUCAAGCUUGAGCUCAAGGGCAACACCGACACGUUCACGUACCUCACCGAGCGCCUCACAGCGUUCGAGCGCGCACAGGACCUUCGUGGCGGCUGCCUCGUGGGGUGGGUCGACGCCGAGCGCGUGCAGGCACUCGUCGAUCGCUUGAAGAAGGUCCGUGUACGACGCAACGACCCUGCGUGGGACGGACAGGACUGGGUGAUGGAGGCGCUGAGGGCGCUGAAAGAGGAACAUAUGGUGUUCAGCAGGGUGGACGAAAACUGGUUGAGGACUGAGCUGAUGGAGGACCUGGAGAGAUCUGAGAGCGGACUCGGCGAGACAGUCGAGGAGAGGUUGUUUCCUUGAAUUGCGGGCUGCACAGGCCGGACAGACGCCGUUUUUAUGGCGAGGGGAUAAAUUGCUGUGGAGCGGUACAGUUUUGCUCGAUCAGCCGGAGACAUCGAUGGAGAUGCACAGCGAGGAUCGGUAGGAAAUCGACUGGAGUGCAAUUUUGGAUUUUUGGGGUCGAAGGAUCUCGGACAGACCUAGCUAGAUUAUAACGUAGGACUGGAUGCCAGCUUAAGGACCUCGUGAACGAUUUCCGCGCAUAGAACUUCCCAGAGAGCGUAAAGCCAGCAAUAGAACUUUUCUGACACUC